GGGGGUUUCUUUGAAAAUUUGCUGAAGAGGAAGGCAACAUGCCUGCUGGAAUUACAGCCUUGCCACCAGCUACCAACGUAGAUCAUUUCAACCUCGAACGAAAGGAUCAUCCAGCGUUCACGAUCCUUCAGAAGGACGGUCUGGACACGAGUCUGCCUCUUCUUCACGUGAACGGCGACGAUGGUUCGAACGGAUCGGAAGUCCACGGACUCGAGAGCUUCAGGAACAACCUGUUUGAUCGGAAAUGCAUCAGCAGAUCGAACGACCAUCUGCUUCAAGCCGCGCUUCAAUACAAUCAAACGAAUCCGUUGAAGAAGAAGCCGAGAAGCCGAAGUCAAGACAGCGCUCGUUCGUCGGAGAAAAUUCCGGCCAUUAAACCGAGCAUCACUUUGUCGACUGAGAACUUCAACGAGGUUUUGAACGCGAAAUUGAAGAAACUACAGGAACAGGAGAGGCAGGAACAGCGUAGGAGCGGGAGGAAGAACGAGAACCUCGGGAGGAAACCGUUCAUCAGCACCGUGAAAACCGGCGAAUUCCUGAUGCCGCCGCCGGAAGUGGCGGCCUUACUUGGCAUCGCGCCACCCGCGAACGGCAGCAACGAAAUCGACGUUUGCCCUUUGCGGUCGAGAUUCAAAUCCCUCGUGUCGCUGGCCAGGAGGCCGGAAGUACGUCACAGCAGCCACAAUGCCAGGUGUCCGGCCGCGCUCAAGGCCACCGUCGACUACACCCUCGGAAUGAUGAACGCGACCACCAUCGCUGCAUCGACCUUGGACGACAGGGUGAAAACGAUCAAGAGAAACGACCCGACCGAUCAACCGAUUCCUUUCGGGAAUAUCAUGUUCGAUCGUCGGGUCGUUCGCGGAAGUACCUGCGCCACUGCCCCUAUUCUCGUCGACGGAGAUCAAUCGUUAGCAGCCAGGCAAGCGGAAGCUAGGCGAAGAAACCUUGCGAGAAAAAGAGCGCAAGCUCAAGCCUCGAAAGCGCUCGUCCUUCGAAAAGGUUCACCGCCUCCGGUUUCGGGUCGCAAACACGAGCCAGUGCAAACGGACCUCUUUCUCGAGGAGCUAUCGGAGAAACCAGAGGAAUCGGAAGUCGGAACGCAGACCGAUUACUUCUUAGACAGGCCUCCGACCCCCGAAUACUGUCCGCCGAAGGUUGGCGAAGAUGUUUGCACGCAAAUCGAACCCGGUGAUCUGUUCGACUUCGACUUCGAAGUGCAACCGAUCCUCGAGGUACUCGUUGGAAAGACGAUGGAGCAGGCGUUGAUAGAGGUCCUCGAAGAAGAGGAAAUCGCUGCUCUAAGAGAGCAGCAAAGGAAAUUCCGAGAGUUACGCGCUGCAGAGAAAGCAGAAGCCCGAAGAUUGGAAGAACAGGAACGAAGAAUCAGAGAAGAAAAGGAUCAACGAUUAAGGCAACACGAGAAAGCGAUGGUGUCUCAGAAGGAAACGGAAGAACGAAUCGCGGCGGCGACUCUUUUAACAGGAUACAUUGCCGAACUUCUUCCGGCUGUUCUAGAAGGGUUGAAAAUGUCCGGAUUCAUAUUGGACGAGAUCAAGGCUGAUGUCGAGGAAGGUUUUGUACCAUGGUUGAUGAAAGAGGUGAAGAAAGAGAUGGGGAAUAUGAUCGAGAGCAGAGAACUACUGAUGGAAAUCGUCAGAGAGAUUCUGGAGAGUCGUGCGGAGACUUACAGAAAACUUGGCGAGGAAUACGAUGCGUCGAGGAUGAAACCGUCGACGGAGCAUGUAGAAGGUGGUGGCAGCGAUCCAAAUUUCGUGAAUUAUCAACCCCCAGUUAUAGAAAACACGGAAGCUGUUUAAAAUACUCUUUAUUCGUCACGAAUCAAGGAGAGGAUGAAAUGGAAUUAAAAGGAGGGGUUCAAAUUAAGAGAAGACCAAUAGUGAUUCGAC